GCGUUUGGCGCGAAAGUGCAGCAUUGACGGUGUAGCGGCCUCCAUUGUCUGUGCGCCGAAACAUGGAUGUGACAGAACCCGCAGCGGCCGCGGCUGCCCAGCAGGUCAAGGAUGAGGUGGCGGAGAAGUGCCAGAAGCUGUUCCAGGAUUUCUUGGAGGAGUUUCGAGGCGGCGACGGGGAAGUGAAGUACCAGAGCGACGCGGAGGAGUUGGUUCGCCCGGAAAGAAACACCCUGCUGGUCAGCUUUCUGGAUCUGGAACAGUUUAAUCAGCAGCUGGCGACCACCAUCCAGGAGGAGUUCUACAGAGUGUAUCCCUACUUGUGCAGAGCAGUGAGGGCGUUCGCCAAAGAACACGGAAAUGUGCCGCAAAACAAGGAGUUUUAUGUUGCUAUUCAAGAUCUUCCCACCAGACACAAGAUCAGGGAGCUGACCACCCCGCGCAUCGGAUCCCUGCUCCGUAUCAGCGGUCAGGUCGUGCGGACCCACCCCGUGCACCCGGAGCUCGUCAGCGGCACCUUCAUGUGUCUGGACUGCCAGACGCUGGUCAGGGAUGUGGAGCAGCAGUUCAAGUACACCCAGCCGAGUAUCUGCAGGAACCCGGUGUGCGCCAACAGGAGGCGGUUCAUGUUGGACACCAACAAGUCCAGAUUUGUUGAUUUCCAGAAGGUACGCAUCCAAGAGACGCAGGCAGAGCUGCCGCGGGGGAGUAUUCCACGCAGCCUUGAGGUUGUCCUGCGAGCGGAGGCCGUGGAAUCGUGUCAGGCCGGUGAUCGCUGUGACUUCACCGGAUCGCUAAUAGUUGUGCCUGAUAUAACACAGCUCGCAACCCCAGGUGUUCGCGCGGAAACCAGUUCCCGUGUGGCCGGCGGAGAAGGAUACGAAGCGGAGGGAGUGCGCGGCCUGCGUGCCCUCGGAGUCAGGGAUCUGACCUACAAGCUGGUCUUCCUUGCGUGUUACGUCUCCCCGACAAAUCCAAGGUUUGGUGGGAAGGAUCUCCACGAUGAGGAUUUGACCGCAGAGAGCCUGAAGAACCAGAUGUCCGUAAAGGAAUGGGAGAAGGUGUUUGAGAUGAGCCAAGACAAAAAUUUGUACCACCACUUGUGCACCAGCCUCUUCCCGACUGUUCAUGGUAACGACGAAAUAAAGAGAGGUAUCUUACUCAUGCUGUUUGGGGGUGUCCCGAAGACAACCAUGGAAGGCACGUCACUGCGUGGAGACAUCAAUGUCUGUAUCGUCGGGGAUCCCAGUACCGCUAAGAGUCAGUUUCUUAAGCACGUGGAGGAGUUCAGCCCUCGCGCGGUGUACACGAGCGGCAAAGCCUCCUCCGCAGCCGGUCUGACCGCUGCGGUUGUGAAGGAUGAAGAAUCCCACGAGUUUGUGAUCGAGGCCGGAGCUCUGAUGCUGGCCGAUAAUGGUGUUUGUUGCAUCGAUGAGUUUGAUAAGAUGGAUCUUAAAGAUCAGGUGGCCAUCCACGAAGCCAUGGAGCAGCAGACCAUUUCAAUCACCAAAGCGGGCGUCAAGGCCACGCUUAAUGCCCGGACAUCCAUUCUGGCGGCUGCAAAUCCCGUCGGCGGACGUUACGACAGAUCGAAGUCUCUGAAACAGAACGUCAACAUGUCUGCUCCGAUCAUGUCCAGAUUUGACCUGUUCUUCAUUCUGGUGGACGAGUGCAAUGAGGUGACGGAUUACGCCAUCGCUCGGCGUAUCGUGGACCUGCAUUCCAGAAUCGAAGAAUCGAUAGACAGAAUUUAUUCCCUGGAUGAAGUCCGACGAUAUCUGCUCUUUGCCAGGCAGUUCAAGCCAAAGAUCUCUAAAGAGUCCGAGGACUUUAUAGUGGAGCAGUACAAGCGGCUGCGUCAGCGAGACGGCUCUGGGGUGGCAAAAUCCGCCUGGAGGAUUACCGUGCGGCAGCUGGAGAGCAUGAUUCGCUUGUCGGAGUCCAUGGCGAGGAUGCAUUGCAGCGAUGAGGUGCAGCCAAAACACGUAAAGGAAGCCUUCCGGUUAUUGAACAAAUCAAUCAUCCGGGUUGAGACGCCUGAUGUCAACUUGUACCAAGACGAUGAAAACGAAGCGGCAGAGGAUGCUCAGACCGGGGUCAACGGAGAUGCCGGAAUUCCCAAUGGCGUAAACGGUCACGUGGAUGGCAUUGACGGAAAAGCAGGCGACGAAGCAAAGGAUGCCGCCGCCAAGCCCACCCUGCGCCUCAGCUUUGCCGACUACAAGCGCAUUUCUAACUUGUUGGUUCUGGAGUUGCGGAAGCUGGAAGAGGACGACGAUUCCUCCCAGAAGAAAAGCGAUCUCAUCAAUUGGUAUUUAAAGGAGAUUGAAGCUGAGAUUGACUCUGAAGAGGAGCUGGUUAAACGGAAGCAGAUCAUAGAAAAAGUGAUACACAGGCUUGUACAUUAUGACCAAAUCUUAAUCGAACUUUCGGACACCGGAUUGAGAAGUCAGGCUGGCGAUGAAGACGUUGCUAAAGAUGAAGACCCGUUUUUAGUUGUGAACCCCAACUAUAUAUUGGAAGAUUAGAGCGUGCGCGGUCCGCGUGCUUUCAGUGUAAAAUGAGACUUUUAUUUGCAAGCUUUGCUCGCGGUUUCUCGGGCUCGGUCCAACGCGCGCUGCGGGACCCCAAACCUUCACGGGAUACGACCGCUUCAUGUUCUUAGAAGCGAUGCGUCUCUGGACUUGUUUUAUUCAGACUAUCUUUCAAGGUCGAGAUCCGUGACAAAGCCUGGCAAGCUGGACUUUUAUAUGUUUGUAUUUUUGUACCAAGUAUACAUGCUGUAGAUUUGUUUAAAAAUAUUAAAAUCUUAAUGGAAUAAUUCACAUAA